AUGGAUGCCGCCCCGACCGAUGAUCGUGAUUCGGCGACAUUUUCGAUCGAUUCGUCGGAUGGAACGCAAACCCACACCGUCGGCAAACUUCCUUCGGCGGAUGACACCAUUCUGCCGGCUUUCCGGCGUACGGCGGUGCAGAUCGUAUCGCAGUCCUUAUCGCCCCGCCGUAACCAUGAGAAAGCCACGGUUAAUAAUCACAACGCCGGUACGAUGCAAAUCACAAAGCUGGUGCUCAAAACACCACCUGGUAGCCCGAAACGACAACCGAAAGCACCGGGCAUCAUCAUUCAUUCGCUACAGACUCUGGCCGCGCCGGUUCUUUGCACCGGUCACGAUCAUGACACGGGCACCGAAACAACUACGAAACAUUCGAUCAAGAAUCACAACGUGCUAAUGGAAAAUCGAAACAUACCAGCGACGCACGAAGACACCAUUACCGCUCCGGCAUAUCGGAUCAUUCCGAUCGAUCCAUCAGGAGGGAAACACCGGAAAGAAGAACGCACGACGACUUCCGAAGCACAAGACUUGAUUCGGGAUAGCUUCAAGGAGAACAAAACACCUCCACCGUCACCGGCAGUCGUAGUCACACGGCUCACUGGCUCACUGGGAAGCACGGACUCGGAUAGCAGAAUCGCCGUCACGGAACAGAAAACACGACACCCACUGCCUACGACCAAUGCCCGUUCAACAGCCAACGAGUGUGCGAAAAAGAAGGAAAAAUCUUACGAUCCUGUACGGGCUCGCGAAUUCAUCCGCGAGCAACAGGCUAAACGACGCCUGGAGAAGAAAGACCCACCAGCGUCAGCGUCAGGUGGCCUGCCGAUGACCGAGAAGGAUCUUAUCAAACAGCGACUAGAAAACCUACGAAAAAGCUCACACACGCUGGUGAAGAAAAAUAUUCAAAAAGCACGAACACAGUCUGCUUCCUGCACCCCGAAAGACACAAGAGUUCAAGCGACUCCCAAACCUACAGGCAAAUCCCAGCCCGCUCAAACCGCUCCCAGACCAGCCGUAGCGAAACCACUGACGAUACGAAAGUUCUCCUCAACUCCUUCCCUGCGUCUAGUAAGUGUCGGCAGUGAACCAAAGGUGGAUGAAAAAAGUUCCCACAAAGCACCGACAAAGGCACCGCUACCGGUUGAAAACCGGACGGUUCCAGCGAGCGUUCUGAAACGUUCAUCGGUUAACAGUAAUUCCGUCGUACGGGAUCCGCUACGUGUUGGAAAGCUGCGCCCCAGUUCAGCCCAAACAUCAUCAUCUUCAGUUACGCUCACAAGUCGGCCAGCUACGGUGGGCCAGAAAAUUGGCAUCCUUCGCAAACCGGACAAUGUGCUCCUAGAAGACAUUCUUCCCUUCAGUCCGUUAAAAAAUCCUCAGACGCUUGCUCUGUUGGGACCUACAUCUAAUGCCUUUUCUACGCGACCAACGCCUACGACGAUGGUGAACGCUCAGCUAAUUGUUAUCAACGACGAAGACAGAGGUGGCGGGCAACCGCUUAACGAGGCGGAAAAAGAACUGAAGCUCAAAGUGCCAGACGUGACACUAGUGCCAGAGGUGACACUUCCUCCAGCACCGUCAUCAAUCGAAAGAGAAGAUGACAGAAGAAAAGUUGAUCCUUCGCAAGAACACGAUCUUCACCACUCCCAUCAUUCGAUCAAAAGUAUACCUCCGUGGCUGAAGCAAUCACUCCGGCAGCCAGAUCCCUAUCCGUUUAUCUUGGCCGUACGAAAGAAGCUGGAAGCGGUCCGCAAUGUGCGGGCAGAAGAGGAGGCGAAGAAUCGGACCAUGAAGCCGUCCACCGAAAAACAGGAAGAGCUCAACGCUCGUACCAAUGCCUACUUGGAUGUAAUUCAUGGCGUUCCCAAAAUCGGACAGAAACCAACAAAAGUUACGCCUGUUCCGAUGGCCAACAAUGAACCAUCGCUCAUUUCGACAAACAUUUCAGGAAACGGUGAGUUUAACACAUCAUCCGAAAUCAGCUCGAUUAAGUCGGACGUCGCACUGCCACUGCCACCGUUAUUUAGUAGCACCAAGAUUGAAAUGGUUCCGGCCCGAAUCGAUCACCAUCAUCCAACGACGGCAAACGCUCCUGUGAGUCCUCUUUCGGUCGAACAGAUUGCUAGUCUGAGAAUAAUUAGCACUCCGGUGGUAUCAGAUGUUUCCCGAUCACCGCCUCGCCAGGAGGACAAACAUGUAGAAGAGCGGGUGCGUCCUAUGCCGCCACCGCCUCAACCUUCUGGACUACCGGAGACGUCCGAUCGUACACAGCGCGAGCACGACUAUCAGCGAAUGUUGGAUGCGUUCAAUCGUAGCCUCACGCACGUAAUUGAAGUCAACCAGCAACUUUAUUCAGCCCUCCAGAAGCCACCACCACCGCAGCGCCCCGUAGCCAUGCCACAGGAAAUUCUUAAAAUUCGUGACGAAAUGACACAAACAUCAGCACCGCUGCCCGUGGUGUCGUCCGAGAUCGGAGGCACAUUGGCGGUACCACAAGCUCGUAAAGCACUCUCCAGUAUCACGGCGUUUCCAUCUCCGUCUGCCACGACAGCAUCACAUUACAGUGACGAUUUCGAGCCGCAAAGCCAAACCGGAUUGGAGACCCCGAAGAAAAAGUCCCCGACAAUGUCCUCCUUUUCAUCUCCAUCGUCAUCAUCACCAUCAUCGUCAGCAUCGAGCUCAUCCACUUCACCCACCGCUUCACCUACCGGUUCGGGUGAUGGGACAAGCUCCACUGCUUCGGCCACCUCUUCACAUAGUGUCACCGACCGUCAGGAAUCAGAUUCGAAACCAACAACGGCCAACAACAACACGAGUGACUUCGAUUCACGCUCGUCCGGUCACUCCGACAACAGCCACAAUAAUACGGCCAACAACAAUAUACCUCCGGUGGCGGAAGAAUAUCUUCCAUCGUUCGAGGAGAGUCUGCGCCGUGGGCAAAUGUCGGGCAGUCGGCAUAACCAGGACAACCGUGAUCGGGAUGCGAAACACACAAGCAGAAAGGAAGACUCUGGUUCCAAUGCCACCGGCGGUGAGAGUAGCAUUGGGGAGGAAAUUCACUCGAUCGCCAUCGAUGGCGAGGAGCGUUCGUUCUUCUUGAACCAUUCGGAAGAAGCAGCUGCACAAAAACUGAAGGAAAACUUCAUCCAGGGUGCGGCCAUUGUGAUGGAAAAACCAACACCUCCAGGAUUCAGGAAGGCAUCGAUGGGCGAUACGACGCUCGGGAGCGAUCUGUUGGCAACGAUCUUUAACCGAACCGAUCUGGAAGUAUCGAUUCUGUCCACGACGGUAUCGGAAACAAAUCUUAGCUACUCGUCGAUUGGAUGGUACGAUCAACUGAUCCACAGCGAGCGCAGCAGAGAGGAACAUUUAAUUUCGCGUGUCCAAUCGAAGCAGAAGGCACUACUUAACCGAGCCAAGGGACAGCUGGCGUGGUUGGAGCUACAGAAGCAACGUUACCGGGAGCGGGGCCAAACCGAACACAUUUCAGGCAUCAAAAAGAAGCAACGAGCCAUUCUGGUGCGGCUCGAGAAGGAUCGUGAAGAACUGAAUCGCACAAUCUCCAAAUCGUCCGCCGAUUCGACGAAUAAUACGACCCUGCGUUCCGGUCGAUCGCCGUUAACAGUUAAGAACAUGAACAGCAAACUCAGUUCGUACUGCUCUUCGCCCCCUGCGGUCGAUUCAACUUCACUGGCCCUUCGUAAAACAUCCAGCGGGUUGCAAUCGCAUCAUUAUCAUUCCCGCCCACCCGGAAGCAGUCCGCAGCGGAAGCGAAGAAUCGCGGGCACGACAACCACCAGCAACUCGAUACACAUUGCCAUCCGUGGCAGGGAGCUCGAACCAAACGAGCGCUUGGAAGACAUUCUCCUGCGACGAGAGGAGGAACUGCAAAAGCGCAAGGAUCACGUACGGAGGCUACUCGAGUGGCAUCGGAAGCUUGAACGCGAGGAAGCAGAUCUGCUGGCCGUGGAAGAGAAACUACGUGCGUACAAUGAUCGUAAGGUGCUUGGAAAGGGCGCACACCACAAAAGCAACCCAACUUCAAGCGGCCCAUCGAUCGAGGCGCGAAUGCGUAGCAUUGAGAAAAGUCUGGAAACGUUGCAUAGCAUUCCAUCGGUGCAGGUGAAUCGUAACCGAAUACCGGACCAGCCAGAACAGGGUGAGACGGAAGAAGAAGUAGUCAUGCUGGAAGGAAAAAAGUUGAACCAAUUGUGGCGUCGGUUGACGGGGUUAAAAACGCAACGGUACGAGAUCGAGCGAAGCUAUCCGGUCACUCGUUCAAUGCUGGAGGUCCUAUACGAGGAUGCAAAACGAUGGGUGAUGGAGAGCCUCCGUCCGGGACAGGAACAACGGAACGUUGCACUGCUCGACGAAUCGAACGCGACCAACAGCAGUCUUGGGACGAUCCACGCCGAGACGACAGCGAUCCUUAAUACCAGUGCGUUAGGAAACGUGUCCCCCCGCACGAUGGUUCCUGAUGAGAAUAGGCUUGGACGUGGAGAACCUCGUGAAGAAGUUGUCGAAUCUAAGCCGCAUUUUUCUCCUCCUCAAGUGGACGUGGGUGACGCUCAAUCUUCAUCGGAGAAAACAGAAACGACUGAGCACAAGAAUAUUCCCGAAGAGUCGCUCAGAGAGGACGAAGAGCUCCCCGCUGCAGAAGGUCAAAAGACCGCCGAGCUUCUUUCGUCUACAGUCAAAAGCUGGUCACCGGAGAGCCGGCGAAGCACCGGAUCGGUGGAGUUUCAUACGCUAGAAGAGACGGCCUAUCAAACAGCCGAUUUCGGUUCGCAGGAGGAAUCCCCCGGGGACGAUGCAGCCGUUCAGAGUGAAAGCUAUUCGACGACGUUCGAAGAGCGGUCGGUUGUUGAGGGUGAGCACACUCAACCGCUGCUCGAGGAUAUGUCGUUACCGCCGGCCCUGCUGAACGCGACAGCUUCGUUUCUUUUUUCAGAGGAAGAUCAACGACAAAGUAGUGAUCGGUCGAGUAGUGUGAUGUACGAACUACAAAGAAACCUGACGCAAGAGGAUAAUCUUAAGAUCGAUAGUGAACUGGAGCUGGUCACACAAAGUUUCCGCAGCAGUCUGAGCGAAUCGAUGGUGCAAUCGUUGGAGGAAGCCACCGGAAGCAGUGGCGAAUGCGUUUCGACCGCCACGACGCCUUCAACCGUCACACCUACGAUGGCCAUCGAAGCCAUCAACGAAGAAAUACUCGAACCGGAAACGGUAGAUGGGCUCGAAGAAAGGGAAGAGGAUGUCCCUGAGGAGGAGCAAGGGAUACAGACGUUCCGUGGCCGAUCAUCGCCUGUUUACGGCUCGUCCGCGUCGGAACUUGAGAAGCGUUUGAUUACGUUACACGAUGAGCUCGAAGAGUUGAGCGAAUCGUUCGAACGAACACCGUUGAUGCGAUCACCAACGACCCCGCCGCCUCCACAACCAGUACCAGCCCCGCCACUAACAACGUCCACGAUUGUGCAUAAAUUGGAGCAACAUGUCAGCUCAAGUGAAACGCCAACCUUCGAAGAGGACCGUUCCGAUGACGAUGACGAUGAUGAACAUGAUGAAAACGAAACAGAUGAAGAUAGUGAAGCGACACUAUCAGAGACCACAAAUCACCGCAAAGGGGAAGAUGGCACGAAUAAUUUUUUAGUGGUCAAUAAUGCGUCCCUCAUAACGAUUGGUCCCCAACCAGCCAAGAUGGAGGUUAUGGUUCGAUCGAAAACGUUGAUCCCAGAUCCGCCUCCCGUCCGAAUGCCGGACAUCAUUAACGAGGCGGAAGUGCUGCGGCGCCAAGAGCUUCGGAUCGAGCAGGAAAUAAAGGUGCUUGAGCAGCAGGUCGGGUUCUUUCGCGAGAUUCCCAAUAAACCUCCACCACCCUAUAUUCCACCGGCCAACGGAAGUCCGCUAGCGUUACUGUUCCCUCCGGAGACCCGCAUUGACGAGCUGAUCGAUGGACGACUCGAAGAGCUGUACCAUCAGCGAUUGCCGGCCGAACGGUUAUGCUCCGAUCACGUGACGAACGUGUACGAAAAGCUUACGCUCGACAUGUGCAACGAACUGUUCCGCGACCUGAGGCCCCCCGAACCGACCGUUUCUUUUCGCGCCCUGACCCACGAUAAGCGUCCUCUAGCAUUCUACAACCCCCCGGACAAACUCGGUUGUCUAAGGGAUUAUCUACGGCGCAAGGUCAAGCGGAUUCUUAACGAGGAACAGCAGCAGCAGCACCACCUGGUGCAAGCGCAGAACCCGCUGCAGUACCACCAGCAGCAGUGGCUCCAUCAUCUUCAGCACCACCAGCAGCACCACCUUCACCAUUACCACCAGAAUCAAGUACACCAACAACAGCAACAGCAGCAGCAACUUCUGCAUCAGUGCGCCACGGUUCCGCUGGUGUACGCAAACGGUGCGUGCGCAGGGAAGCGAAAGCGUGACCAGGUGGACGAGAUCCUUGCCGAGGAGAUGCACGACGACGAUGCACACUGGACGAACUUUGAUCGCGAAGAGGUCGAGGUGAAAGAUCGAAUCACGGACGAGCUGCUGAAGUCUUUGUUCGGGGAAGCACUGCGCGACAUGACCGAGGCGUAUCGUCGCAAACUGCAGCGGAAAGAGGAAGCUACUUCUGCACCGAAGGAAAGUGCCAUGUAA